AUGUUGGAGAUAAUAGAGAUUAUUACAGACGAAAGACAACAGAUAACAAGAAAUAAUGUAGUUGAUUUAUUCCGUCAGUCUCAAGCAAAGGAUAUUAAAAACAAGUUUGGAGAACUGCUAAUUUACUUAGAGAAAUUUUCAAGAAAACUCAAAAUUAAAGAGGAUGCAUUUUUGUUAUUAGAUGAUUUGGUUUUACAUGAUCUUGUAAAAGAGGAUAUAAUCUUAACAAGGUCACCAACGGCACAAACAUUUACUUGUAGCAUUUUUAUUAUUGAUAUUAUAGAUGGAACCAUUGCUAAAACUAAUACUGAAGAUUGA